UGCACAUCCAUAUAUAUAUAGUUCCGUGGCAUGGGUCGUCUUUGAUCAGAUUGUGGGAUCGGAGCGGCAUGUCGGUGACGGCGGCGAGCAGGGGUGUGCGCGCGCUGGCCGUCCUGGGGCGGUGCGUGCGGGCGCCGUUCCGCGUGCUGCUCCGCGCGCGCGACCUCUACGUGAGGCAGAUGACUACAUGCGCGGCGGGUCGCGGGCCGGUGGGGAUGGUGUCCGUGCCGCGGAGCCGGAGCCACGCCUUCUACCGCUCGGCGGGCGACGGCGACGACGGCGACGUGCUUGAGCUCGUCCGUGCCGCCUCGCGCGCGAGGUGUUCCAGCGUCGCGGCACGGAGCCAGAGCAUGGACAUCGGAAGGAUUGACGAGGACCAGCCGUGCGAGUUCGGGACCGGCGGCGGCGCCAUGCGGCAGGCGCUGGAUCGCAGGAGCAGGAGCUGCGCGGUCGGGUCCAUGGGCAUGUCGAUGGGGAGGAGCAGGGCUGGCGCCGUCGCGGCCGCUUAACGCCGGCCGACGGCGCGCACGGCGGUACCGGUGCGCGUAUAGGACGAGACUUCAGCUAGAAACCUGCGUGGCUUAGCUGACAGUGAGCUUGAAGAAGAAAUUGAGACGAUAUGUAAU